UUUUUUUUAAGAUUAAUUAAAGGGAAAUUAUCGUUAAUAGCAUUGGAAUACUGUAUUGAAAGCUCAUAUGCCCUUGUGGUUGCUAUACUAGUUACAGUUUUCGCAAAUGUAAUUUGUGAAUCCCAUUAAUUUCUGGUUUUUUACUCCGGGCAAUCUGAAUUUUCUACUAUAGAAUUUUCUUCUUUUGGGAUUGGUUUGACCUGGGAUUUUUCAUGAUAUUCGUUUGUGUUGAGUUCUUGGUGUGGUGUGGGGGUGAAAUCUUUUUUUGAUGGGAAUUUGUGUAUUGGGUCACUCAUCCUGCUCCAUAUUUUUACUGGGUAUCUAUUAGAAUCUGCAAGGUUUCCCCUUUUUGUGAUUCUUUUGGCAAAUCCUGUGCUUAUAGAGUACUCCUUUUGAAACCCAGAGUUUAUUUUGCUCAAUCCUGGUCUAGGUUAUCUUGAAUUCACAAGAUUUUAGUUUUCACAGAUAUUGCUGCAAUUCUCUGAACUUGUGAGUUGUUUUUGGGUCUCUCUUAAAGUUUUAUGGUUUUACGAGGAAAUGGUGAAUCAUAGUAGUAAUAAUAAUAGUAAUCAAGCAGAUAGGGAUAAGAACCCAUCAACAAUUUCUAAAAGUGGUGGUAGUGGAGGUGGAGGAGGAGCCACCAGGUCAUGGGGUACCACUGUUUCUGGUCAAUCUAUGUCGACAAGUGGUAGUGUGGGAUCCCCUUCCAGUCGGAGUGAGGCUGCAAUGGCAGCUACAGCCAGUGACAGCACAUUCCUCCGGUUGAACAAUCUUGAUAUCCACGGGGAUGAUGCAGGAUCACAAGGGACUGCUGGAAACAGGAAGAAGAAGAGAGGCCAGCGUGCAGUUGGAGGUGAUAAGAGUGGUCGAGGUCUUCGUCAGUUUAGCAUGAAAGUGUGCGAGAAAGUGGAAAGCAAAGGAAGAACUACAUAUAAUGAGGUGGCUGAUGAACUUGUUGCUGAAUUUGCUGAUCCUAACAAUAGUCUUGCAUCUCCAGACCAGCAACAAUAUGAUGAGAAAAAUAUACGUCGGAGGGUAUAUGAUGCCCUGAACGUGCUAAUGGCAAUGGAUAUAAUUUCUAAAGAUAAGAAGGAAAUACAGUGGAAGGGUCUACCUCGGACUAGUGUGAAUGACAUUGAAGAACUAAAGACUGAACGCCUUGGACUUCAAAGUCGCAUUGAAAAGAAAGCAGCUUAUCUGGAAGAGCUGGAAGAACAAUACGUCGGUCUCCAAAACCUCAUAAAGCGCAACGAGCAACUAUAUGGCUCAGGAAAUGCCCCAAGUGGUGGAGUUGCAUUGCCUUUUAUUUUGGUUCAGACUCGUCCUCAUGCCACAGUAGAGGUGGAAAUAUCAGAAGAUAUGCAGCUGGUGCAUUUUGAUUUCAAUAGCACUCCUUUUGAGCUACACGUCAAGGCAAUGAAAUUUUGUGAAAAACCACAAAUUGAUGGUGUGGCGAACAACCCUGCUAAGAAUGCAGGGGAGAGCUCCAGCAUGGCCAAUGUGUACCAACCUCAAAUACCUCAUCCUUCAAGGUCAAGCAUUUCAGGUAGACCUCCGACAUCCCCCCCGCUUCCUGGAAUAUUAAAGGCACGUGUUAAGCAUGAACAUUAGUUUGAACCUAUCAGUAGUGUCAUCUUAUCACAUCUGUAUAUUGUGUAAAAAAUGAAAAAUGGUGGCUGGUGGGCUGCUUGUAGCCUUCCAUUACCUCAAGAAUUUUGUAUGGCUGAUGGAUAGGAAGGUAAGAGUUCUUUAUCACUGCAGAAACUGUUGAGUAUUUGUUUAGAUCUCACAUUCUAUUGUUUCUCAAUGUGUUCUAGGUAUCAUUAGUUAUUUUGUUAUUUUCUCGGUACGCAGUUGAAAAUGAUGUUUGGACUGUAAGAACCACAAGGAAUGCAAAUUUUUUGGUUAAUUCUGACUUGAAAUGUUCA